UUCCUGUCGCUGUAAUUCCUCGUUGCUAACGGAGGCUCUCUAUCUUAGCCUAGCAAGCUAACUCCACAAACAGAAAAGAACAACAAUACAUGUACUUGAAAUGAACGUAUGAUAUUACGUUUUUGAAUAAUACAGCCGUUAAAAUGUGAGCGAAUAGAGGGCUAAUGAAUUUCAUGAAUCAAGUCGUUUCCGUUACAUUCAAAUAUUGUUGUAUGUUAUAAUGCUAGCUCGGGACUCUAGAGAUUUGCUUGACGGCAGCUAGCGGGGAGUUACACUGUUUUUUUUUUGUGUCGCUAAUAUUACAUUGUCACCAGACAAGGUCAGAUUGUGACUCAACUGCAAAAAUUAAAGUUUCUCUUUUGUAGAGCGAUAUCGAUUUGCUUUGACACCUGUUAACUUAGCUAGCGCGGCUAACGUUAGCUUGCGCUCUCCUCACACGGAUUCUGCUGGAAAUGGUAGACGCCCUCAUGUGCCCAUGGAAAAGGCGGCUUUCGAGGGGUGGCUGGAGUCAGUUUCUACCACCUUCCUGGCGCUAAGUGACCAGCAGCGCAACCAAUCACUGGACCACCUCAUCUCACUGAGUGGCGCCGCCCAACUGCGACACCUGUCCAAUAGGCUGGAAACGCUCCUGAAGCGGGAUUUCCUGCGCCUGCUGCCGUUAGAGCUGGCCUUCUACCUGCUCCGCUGGCUGGACCCCCAAACCCUACUCACCUGCUGUCUGGUGUGCAAGCAGUGGAAUAAAGUCAUCAAUGCCUGUACAGAAGUGUGGCAGAGCUUGUGUCGAGACCUCGGCUGGCUCAUCGAUGAGUCCAUCCAGGAUGCGACACACUGGAAAGGUGUUUAUCUAAAGGCCAAUUUGCGUAUGAAGCAGCUAAGGGAGGAGGAUGCUUUUGAGACGAGCUCUCUUAUUGGACACAGUGCUCGGGUAUAUGCUCUCUACUACCGGGAUGGGCUGCUCUGCACAGGUUCUGAUGACCUGUCCGCUAAACUAUGGGAUGUCCGCACAGGGCAGUGCGUCUACGGCAUCCAGACCCACACUUGUGCCACUGUCAAGUUUGAUGAGCAGAAAUUGGUGACUGGGUCUUUUGACAACACCAUUGCAUGCUGGGAAUGGAGCACUGGUGCCAAAAUCCAGCAAUUCCGAGGACAUACUGGAGCGGUAUUCAGCAUAGACUACAACGAUGAUUUGGACACCCUGGUCAGUGGCUCAGCAGACUUCACUGUUAAAGUCUGGUCCCUGUCUUCAGGAACCUGUGUCAACACUCUUACUGGACACACUGAGUGGGUCACCAAGGUGCACCUUCAAAAAAGCCUAGUGGAGUCCAUGAUGCACAGUCCUGGUGACUACAUACUACUGAGUGUUGAUAAGUAUGAAAUAAAGGUGUGGCCUAUAGGUCGUGAGAUCAACUGUAAGUGCUUAAAGACUCUAUCCGUGUCAGAAGACCGCAGUGUUUGCUUGCAGCCGCGGUUACAGUUUGAUGGCCGGUACAUUGUCUGUAGUUCAGACCUGGGCAUAUACCAGUGGGACUUUGCAAGUUUUGAUGUCAUCAGAGUCAUCAAACCACAGCAGGACCCCUCCAGUCUCUCUCUGCUUAGUUUUGGCAAGGUGUUCGCUCUGCUCUUUGACAACCACCACCUCUAUGUUAUGGACUUGAGGACUGAGGUUACCGUGGGCCGCUGGCCACUGCCAGCCUACCGCAAAUCCAAACGUGGCUCUAGUUUCUUACCGGGUGUCACCUCAUGGCACAACGGUUUGGACGGCAAGAACGAUGCGGGCCUGGUGUUCGCCACUAGCAUGCCCGACCAUAGCAUUCAUCUGGUUCUUUGGAGAGAGAACGGGUAGAAAGGCGGAUGUGGUGAAUACUAGCCCUGUGGUUUGGAAAGCAGGCAGGACUUUAACGAACACAAAAAGAAGAAAAAAGGGUGCUCUCGAUUUGAAAAAUAUUACAGCCAACCAAGUUAGUUAAUGCAUGGACCAAAGUGUUUUCCCCUCCUCGCCUUUGUUUCCAUUCGCAUUAGGGAUUCACUCUUGCUUCACUCUCUUAGUCGCUUGCAAACCACGCAUUCAGCACAUUACGAUCUAUAGAAAAGAAGACCGCUGGAGAUUUGUAGUACAGAGCAUAGUUUCUCUCCGUAAUGUGAACAAUCCAAGGUUUUUGUUUGUUGAAGAUUUAAGAGAGAUUUCCCACUGAACCUCAGAGUUUAGCUCCUUUUGAUUUCACACCAGUGAGAGGUAUUGAAAUGCUAAGGCACCACCAGAGCACAGAUCGCUUCACAGCAAGCAUGAUAAGUAGAGUUGGUGUGUUUUUACAGCACAAUCACCAAGAUUGACAAUGAAGUACUUUUUUUUUUUUUUUUUUUUCCCCAGUGUUACCUUUUCAAUUAAUUUGCGUUUCUUUACACAUCAGGAAUUUUGCUUUGGACACAGAAAUGUUGCCUUAAAUGUAUGAUUUCCUAUUGAAGUAAUUGAGUUUGCAGACCUCUGCAUCCGUAGACGCUGGCUUGCGCCUCAAACAUCUGUGUUGGUCAUUUUGCUGAGUCUUGAAAAGGCUCUGAUAAAAUGCUAUCUGAAUUAAUCAAAUGGCUUUUGUAUGAAGGUCAUUCAGAGGUGGCUUCUCGCUGUUACUGACCCUUGGUUUUAUUUUUCAUUCAGUUUAUUAGUCAUGUGCCUUUGUUUUAACAUUUAACCAUUAGCAUUUACAGUGUGUCACAUUUUGAAUUCCAAUCCUCCCUCAGUGACGGAAGAAUCAGUUUUAUGCUUCUUUUUUUUUUUUAACCUAAUGUAACCGACACUGUAAGAAUUAGUCUUACUACUAUUUAGCCAGAGUAGAUCACACAAAAGUGUUUCUUGUGAAUCUCAUUGAAUGUUCAUUUUUAAUCUUUAUUUUUAAAGACUGAUCUUAUUUUUGCAUAACCCAGGCUAACCAGCCGUUGUCACUUUAUAUAGCUGCUUCUGUAGUUCUGUAUAUCCCCCUGGAACAUAAAUCAAUAUAACUUUAUUUUUUUCCAAACCAUCACAACAAAGUAUUUUGGGUUGAUCGUUUAAGGCAUUUUUCACCUUCCCCUCACACAUUUCUCAAGUCGAUAGAUACCAGGUAAAAUUAUGAUUAAAUAUCAUUGGGGGUUACUUAUGAUGUCUGUAUGCACUGGUCGUGUGUUACUUCACUGAAAUGCAAACCUCACAGACAGUAAUGCCAUCCAUCCAUCAUUAGCAAAAUUCAGGUCUGUUGUUUGUAUAACAAAAUAACAUGCUGUCUUACAAAUAAAUGACAGUAGCUAAUGAUA